AUGUUAAGACCGGCGACUCCGUUAUCGCUUUUGCUGCUCGCUGCAUUCGCAUGCUUGCUCGUGUCAAUUCUUUCAACUCCUAUAAUUAAGUCGAUACCAUUGGCCUCUUUCGAUGGAGUUCAGUUUGGGGUCUUUGGGUUUUGUAAAGGAAGCACUUGUAGCAAUAUCGAAAUUGGGUAUAGUACUGAAAGUCUGUACGAUGAAACUCAAUCAGCUACAUUCGAUCUCUCUACAAGUACCAGAUCAACAUUAUCUGCUAUUCUCAUUAUCCACCCGGUAGCUGCGCUAUUCACACUUAUCAUGCUAAUCCUAGCCAUCGCCGCUCACUUCCAUGCACCUUCACAUUCCCCUCGAUACCUACUGGGAAUAUUCAUACUGAGCAUCUUGACUUUGAUUCUCACCCUACUCGCAUUCCUCAUCGAUGUUCUACUCUUCGUACCUCACAUGGCAUGGGGUUCAUACGUUGUGCUCGCCGCCACAGUCAUUAUCGCCGCAAGUGGUGUUGUGUCAUGCGCUAUGCGCCGAACAUUGGUUAGUCGAAAAGCAAGGAAGCGUCGUAUCGAGGAGAACGCAGAGAUGAACGGGGAGAAUUUCUACAACCGUCAAGGAAAUGAAACAAUCACUCCGGUUGUCACUGACACCAGCAGUUCGAAAAAUCCGGGCAACGAGAAAUUACCAACAUUUGCCACAUUUGAUGCGAAUAACAAUGAACGAACAAGUGACGAACGGAUACCUUUGACUGCAAUAACCACUGAAAACUCUCCUACUAAUGUCCCUGGUGGAUCUAUUAGGAGUCAGGGAAUGGACGGUUACAAUGGACCACAAUCAGGCACCCCAUCUAUAGAUCAAUACGGAAACCCAAUUCCGAUGAUGCCGAUGAUGCCACAAGUAGGAAAUUCAUACGGUAUGCGAAACCGUGACCAAUCUGCUGGGCCACCGGGACAGGCAUUGAGCCACCAGUACUCUAACACUUCCAUGAAUUCGAGAGGGCGAGGUGGAAUGCCACCAGGACCACCAGGAAGAGGUGGUUAUGGACCACCGAGGGGUGGAUACAGAGGAGGUUAUGGGGGCCCUCCACCAGGCCCAAACCGUGGAGGUUAUGGCUAUGGCCAGCCAAGAGGGGGUUAUGGUCCGAGAGGUGGGUAUGGUCCAAGAGGUGGCGGUUACCCAGGCCCGUACAGAGGAGGGAUGAACAACGGAAUGAUGGCGAUGGGUAACGGUGGAAGAGCGCCCCCACCCGGCUAUGACAGCCGAGGACCUUCUGAUCCUUCGGCGCCUAUUGGUGGAUUCAGGGAUGCUUCUCCGGCGCCUCCCGGUGGAUAUAUUGCAUACAGGCCAGACGAAAUAAGACCCAGUAGCUUGCCUCGUGCCGAAUCACCUCCGCCUUUGGAAGGUUUAGAAAAUGUAGGCAUGGUUGGACAGGCGAUUGAGAUGGAUGCGACAACAGGCAGUCCAUCACAUCCACCUCCGGGAUUUGUCGGGCAAUUCGGCAAUCUUAGAGACAGUGAUGACGACGUCGCUGGAAUGGUGGGCCUACAACAGCAAAAAAUACAGCAAAGGCAUGAGACUUUGAUUAGUGAGACGAGUCAGUAUAGCCAAGAUGAAUACGUACCACCAAGACAAGUAUGGGGACAGCAAGCAGGUAGAUCAUCACCUCUGAACCCUGCCUCACAACCUGUCGUCGAACUUCCUCCUAGCGAGUCUACUCACAAACGAGAUAACUCGAAUGAUACUUAUUACGAAGACGUUGACCCACGUUUUGCUGAUCCAGCUCCAGCUCCAGCGACAAAGUCGUCUCUGACAAUUCCUGCCGCCCUUAAUAUUGCUGCACAUUCCUCGAAUAACAACUAUGGUUCUAAGUCUCAUCUUCAUCCAAAUCCGUUGAGCAACUUAGAUGGCAACAAUUCUUACAAUUCUUUAGAGGAGCUUCAGUCGGGGCAACGCUCUCCAGCUGAAUCUGAGAGGUCUACUUUUACGUCAGUGUCACAACGAGGGAUUAAUCCCAACUGGAACGGAGAUGCUAGUGGUUACGGAGGACCUCCAAUGCCGAAUAGGAGACCUGCCGCUCGACGAGAGGAUGUUCUCUUGAAUGACAAUCCAGACUUCGCCUUGCCUACAGGUCGUGGUGGUCGAGGACCGCCUCGUGUCAUGCGUGGUGGCAUGAUACCAAAUUCCGCCUAUCCAGGUGCCAGCGCUCUUUGA